AUGAUCCCAACCAAGGCCGGUAUUCCGGCCAUUAUAAUCCUGUUGUUAACACAGGUGGCAGUGACGGCGCCGAUAGCAGUCGACCAAACUCAUUCCUCACAGAGCGCCACGGCUGUCACUGCAACCAAGCGCGACACACCGGCCGCCACGCCGGAAGUGAUAGCCACCGCAUCCGUAGUCGGAGGGAUCCUCUGCCUCAUGUUUUGCUUUUACUGCUACGGCCAGUGGAAGCAGAGGCGCAACGAGCUAGCGAGUAGCUACCGCGAGCAAUCCAGGACCCCAGCCAUAGCAGAGGCGCUAGAGACAGAGAACGACGUCAACAUUGCGAAGAUUGCCUGGCUCAGCAGGAAGGAUACAAGCAAGGCCUACGGCUCGAUGGUUGUCUACGUGACGAAGGGCAGCGAAGCAAGGCGACUUCUAGACGGGCGUUACUUCCAUCUCGCCGGAGAAUCCGCUUACACGACCGUUUUCGCGCCCCGGGAAGGCCCAAUCCAGUGCUACAGAUGCCAGGAGAUCGGCCAUAAGGCCUUCGCCUGCAAAAAGCCGCAAAGAUGCGGAAGGUGUGCGGAACAGGGUCACCACCACAAGACGUGUCAGUCCGUGGUCCUGAAGUGCGUGCUAUGCAGAGGACCACACGAGUCAUUUAGCAAGAACUGUCGGCAGAGUCUGCUAAACGACGAGGGACUCAAGGACUUCGCAGUGCUGGCCAUCUCCGAACCAUAUGCCAGGCUGAUCGAAGGCUCGGUGACGACGGUCCCAAUGAGUCAUCACAACUGGACGAAGCUUAUACCAACGACAAGACGAGAAACCACGUGGCCAAUUCGGAGCAUGCUAUGGGUACGAAGCGAUAUAGAGGUCGAGCAAAUUCCAGUGCCGUCGGCAGACCUCACCGCAGCACGCAUUCGGCUCCCAGAUCGGGCAGUGCUGAUGGUGUCAGUGUAUGUGGAGGGUGGUAGUGACGAAGCACUGGAAGAUGCAAUGAGGGAAAUUGACCGACUGAUUAGGAGGUUUCGAAACGGAACAGGGACGAGAACGGAUAUCAUCCUGGCGGGCGAUUUCAACCGCCACGACCAGCUUUGGGGAGGGGACGAUGUCUCACCACGGAGACAAGGCGAGGGAGACCGCAUCAUCAACCUCAUGGACGAACACUCCCUCUGCAGCCUCCUCCCAAGAGGCACGAAGACGUGGCAGUCAGGCGACAUUGAGAGCACAAUCGACCUGGACCGUCCCAAAACCAGGCGAGAUCUCGACGUAGGAUUGGGCAAACAGCACCAGAGCUCGAACAACGAGCCAGGAUGGCAGCCAAAGAGUACCACGACGCCAUCCGCAGACAGAAGAGUUCGCAUUGGAACGACUUCCUGGCCGAUGACGCUAACAUCUGGCAAGCAACGAAGUAUCUUGCAAACCGGCAGCGGCACGAUGGGCGAUAAGAUACCCCUGCUCGUCCGACCCGAUGGCUCCAUCACGGAGGGUAAAGCAGAACAAGCGCAGGAGUUACUCCACCGCCUUCUUCCCACCUUUGCCAGCGAGAAUCGAAGACGAGGGCCAACGACCUCAACGGGCGCCCGGGAAGGAGACGCUCGACCGAACAGGCUCUCCUUCUGCUUCAGGAACACAUCUACAAAGCAUGGAGAGCUAGGAAAAGUGCUCAGCCUGAUCAGCUUCGAUGUCAAGGGCGCAUACAAUGGGGUCUUCAAAGACAGGCUUCUCCAGAGGCUCAAGGCAAGAGGGAUACCUGAAUCCCUGGUCAAGUGGAUCGACGCCUUCUGCUCCAAGCGCACAGCGACCAUUGCCGUAAACGGGUUCACAUCUGGACGGCAAGAGCUGCCCCAAGCGGGUCUUCCGCAAGGAUCGCCGCUGUCUCCAGUGUUAUUCCUCUUCUUCAACGCCGACCUAGUGCAGCACAAGAUUGACGCGAACGGAGGCGCAAUUGCCUUCGUGGACGACUACACUGCCUGGGUAACGGGCCCGUCAGCGGAGUCGAACCGCACUGGAAUCCAAGGCUUGGAUUCCAAGCUAUCAUCGACAAAGCCCUUGACUGGGAGAAACGGAGCGGUGCGCAGUUUGAAGGCGAAAAGACCAGCCAUCAUACACUUCACGAGGAACAUGGAGCGAUUUUCAGAACAAACGUUCUCGGUCAAAGGCGAACACAUUGCUAGGACGGCAGCUAAGGGCCUCGCAGCCGCUCUGGCCCUGAAGAGGCUGAAGAUGCUUUCCCCGCGGACAGCGAGACAGCUAUUUGUUGCGACAGUAGCCCCGGUCAUGGACUACGCUGCCAAUGUCUGGAUGCAUGCAACGCAUCCCCUUGCCAUGAAGAAAGUCCGGACCACCGUACGAUUCGUAUCUCCGCUGCAGAAAAUUGCCCGCGUGGCUGAAGGAGUACGAGUUGACCGGAUGGAGACAAUCCAGGAAUACGCCGUCCCGCCCUGGGUACCUCGCCUACGACCGACGCUCGAAGCCGAUCGAGGGAAGGCGGCCGAGAUGGUCAACAAAAUCUCGGGAAUCGUGAUCGCAACCAGCUCAUCCGUAAAGAAGGGCAUUGUUGGCAUGGGCGGCCUUGCACGGGAUACUCUCUUCAACCAGAACUAG